ACUUGCGCCAACAACUUCAUUAAAUCAAGUUUUUGGAGGCUCUCAAAAUGGAUCGGUAUCGCACACCGUGUAGACAGUCGAGAAAAGGCAGCUCAAAUGUGGAAAGAGAAGUCUGCAGGCAGUUCAUCAAUGGAUCUUGUCGCUAUGGUCCGAGUUGUUACUAUCUGCAUGAGUUUCCUGCAGUACCUCCGUUUCAGGUUCAGUGUAGGUACUUCCAGAAAGGUGGCUGCUGGUUUGGUGAUCGUUGCAGGUAUCUCCACGUUUCUCAAGCGGGUGAAGGUUCUUCAGGGAGCAGCAGACGCGGUUCAGCACCUGCGGGGUUCUUCUCUGCGCUGGCGGGCCGUUCUCUGGCUGACCGCCGAGGAUCUGAGCCCUCUCUUCUCCCACCUCAAGGAGCCCGCAGCCUGAAUCGGAGGGGUUCAGAGCCUCUGGUCACAAGUAUGAGCGUGCUGCAGCAGAACUUUGAAUGCUUGACUACAGGCAUUGCAGAGGAGGAAGAGUUCGGUGUUGUGGAAGAUGGACCUCCCCAGCAAGGUGCAAUGAGACCACUGCAACAAAUCAGUGCUACAGACUCCAGUUCUUCGCAUAACUACAGCUCAUCAGCCUUUGUGCCUGGCGCAGCACCUGCUGAAGUCCAAAAUGUAACCGUGUCUGAAGCAGAAAUGCAGGUGACCGGUUCACCAGAGAGACCAAAUCAGGGUGGUGCUGCAGUAUUGACGGAGCAACAGCAUUCAAGGGCCUUAGACCAAAGCAAAGAUGUGGCCUGUGGCAUCUGCAUGGACAAGAUUUCUGAGAAAUCCACCACUCCAGAACGGCGUUAUGGCAUCCUACCCAACUGCAAUCAUGCUUUCUGCAUCAGCUGCAUUGUUACCUGGCGAAAAACAAAGGACUUCCAGGAGGAUGUCAUCAAGGGCUGUCCACAGUGCAGAGUGAAAUCCUCCUUUUACAUUCCCAGCAAGCACUGGGUCUGUGAUGGGGAGGAAAAGGCAUCAUUGAUAGCCGCUUUCAAAGAAAGAAGCAGUAAGUUAAAGUGCACUUUCUUCAUGCGUCACGGAUGCUGCCCCUUUAAAUCGGAGUGUAUCUACAGCCAUGACAUGCCCCCUAAUCAUACACACCGUUGCAGGCGCUCGGCAUCCAGGGACACAGCUGAGAUGUUGGAGGAUUUGGGCAUUGAUGGCAUCCACCUUUGGAGCUAUAUCUUUGCCCUAACUCUGCUGGAUGAAGACGACGAAGACCUUCUGGAUUUUCUUGAUGACUAAGGACCUUCUAGAGUCAUGUAUAUGUUGGCUCAGCUUUGAGUGAACUUUGCUUAUCUUCUGCACUGAAAUCUAAUGGUCUCUUUAGGGUUGGCUUCACUUUAGCAAGUCCUAAAUGUUUGGCUAAUUGUUUAGCCAUGUAGAUUUACUUUUUUUUUUUUUUGUGUGUGUGUGUGUGUGAGAGAGUGAAAGUCUUUUGCCUUUAGUUUAAGGGAGUGUGUGGGGGAAAAAGUUUGAAUGCUCAAAUCUCAAACUGAGUGUCUCUUCAGGUUUAGUUGGGGAGAAACUUAGGCAAAAAAAGUUAAUGUUAACUGAAUGCAUGAUCACUUAUUUCAGCUUGCUUUUCACUUGUUGAUCGUUUAGUACUUCCAUCUGGGCUGAUUCCUGAUUGUUGCAACCUUUUGUCUGAUACCUUUUAUAUGAAAUCAGAUUUUAAUUUUGUAUACUUUGUGUAGUAGUUAAUAUUAUUGCCAGUAUUUGCAAAACACUAAAUGUGCAACCUGUCAGCAGGCUUUUGAUUAUAUUGUUCUCUUCAGCAGUGUUAACAGGUUAUACCAGGACUUGAUGUCACAUUUUAUUACUUUUAGUAUGUGUUUAUAUUCAAAGAAAAGUGAA